AGGGGCUGGGUUUUGAGGCGCCCCCAAAAUUGGGGGGGGGGGAAAGGGCGUGGCCCCUCCCCUCCCCCACCCCCAGGCCCCGCCCCCUCCGAGCAUCGCCGGGACCGGAGCGGCCGCGGGUCCUGCACAGCCCCCCCAUGAAGGGCGAGCCCCCCCCCAGCAGCACCCUGAGCGUGGGCCAGGCCCGGAAAAUGGUGGAGCAGCUGAAGAUCGAGGCCAGCCUGUGCCGGGUCAAGGUGUCCAAGGCGGCGGCCGAGCUGCUCAGUUACUGCGAGGCUCACGCCUGCGAGGAUCCCCUGCUCACCCCGGUCCCCACGUCCGAGAAUCCCUUCCGCGAGAAGAAAUUCUUCUGCGCCCUCCUCUGACCCCCCAAAAAUCCCGGGGAACCCCCCCAAGAAUCCUGCGGGACCCCUCCCCGUCACAUUUCGGGUCCCCCUUGUACAAUUUAGGGCCGAAUUCACCCCAAACAUGAGGCGGGAAUGGGGGGGGGGCUGAAUUUUGGGUUUUUGGGGUCCCCCCCCACAGCUGGGACCUCCCCCCCUAAAUUGGGGAACCCCCUCCAAAAAAAGCCCAGCUCAGAAUUUGGGGGGUUUUGAGGGGGUUUUGGGGGUCCCCCCACCCCAAAAGGCACCAAGGAUGGACUCGGGGAAGGUUCUGGAAUAGGGGGAGGGGGAGACCCCCCCCCCCUAAAAUCACCCCAAACUCCUCCUCCCCCCAUCACUCCCCACCCCCCUCAAAAUGGGGACCCCAAAAGUUCAGGACGCGCCCAGAAAUUCCCAAAAAUUCAUCCCUCACCUCCCCCACCCCGAACUCGGGGGGUUCCCCUCCCCCAGCACCGACCCCUCCCCAGUUUCGGCUCUGAGGGGGGGAGGGGCCGUUCAAGGGGGGGUUCCCCCAAUUUUGGGGUGUCCCCCCCCCAAAUAAACACUUGGCG